AUGGCGCAAUCCCUCAACCUCUUCCUUUCCAUCCCUCACUCCACCAAACCCUCUCUCACCUCCCUCAGUACCGCUCCCCGUCUCGCCCCUUCGAAGAACCCCAGCAGGACAGCCCUCUGCAUCAGGGCCUCCGCCGUCUCGGACCCCAAUCCGGAUGUGCUAACAUCCUCAAACGGGGCCGGCGGUGAUUUGUCCGCGUAUCCUUUCCGAGCGGCCUCCGAUUCCGGCUCGAUCGACGUGGACGCGGUGACCGAGGCAGAGCUGAAGGAGAACGGGUUCCGGAGCACGCGGCGUACGAAGCUGAUCUGCACAAUAGGGCCGUCCACGUGCGGGGCGGAGCAGCUGGAGGCGCUGGCGGUGGGCGGGAUGAACGUGGCGAGGAUUAACAUGUGCCACGGCACGAGGGAGUGGCACCGGGAGGUGAUUGGGCGGGUGAGGAGGCUGAAUGAGGAGAAAGGGUAUGCGGUGGCCGUCAUGAUGGAUACGGAGGGGAGCGAGAUUCACAUGGGGGAUCUCGGUGGUGCCCCGUCCGCCAAAGCUGAGGAUGGUGAAAUAUGGACGUUCAGUGUAAGAGCUUUUGAUUCGGCUCUUCCAGAGCACACUAUUAAUGUGAGCUAUGGUGGCUUUGCUGAAGAUGUAGAGGUAGGAGACGAGCUUCUGGUAGAUGGUGGAAUGGUGAGGUUUGAAGUGAUUGAGAAAAUUGGUCCAGAUGUAAAGUGUCUCUGUACUGAUCCUGGACUUCUACUACCCCGGGCUAAUCUUACCUUCUGGCGUGAUGGGAGUCUAGUACGUGAACGUAAUGCUAUGCUACCAACGAUAUCUUCUAAGGAUUGGUUGGACAUUGAUUUUGGGAUUGCUGAAGGUGUUGAUUUUAUUGCCAUAUCAUUUGUCAAGUCCGCCGAAGUCAUAAAACAUCUUAAGAGCUAUAUUAAAGCACGCGCUCGUGAUAGUGACAUCUCCGUAAUUGCGAAAAUAGAAAGUAUCGACUCGCUCACAAACUUGGAGGAAAUCAUCCGAGCAUCAGAUGGUGCCAUGGUGGCAAGAGGAGACCUUGGCGCCCAAAUCCCCUUAGAACAGGUCCCGUCUGAACAGCAGAAAAUAGUCCGAGCCUGCAGGAAGUUGAACAAGCCCGUGAUCGUUGCAAGUCAGCUGCUCGAGUCCAUGAUAGAGUACCCCACGCCCACAAGGGCUGAGGUGGCUGAUAUUUCCGAGGCAGUCCGCCAGCGGUCAGAUGCUCUGAUGUUGUCAGGUGAGUCGGCCAUGGGUCAGUACCCGGAGAAAGCACUGACUGUUUUGAGAAGUGUGAGCCUGAGGAUUGAGAAAUGGUGGAGAGAGGAGAAAAGGCAUGAGGCAAUGGAGCUGCCCGGCAUAGCAUCUUCCUUUGCCGACAGUAUCUCAGAAGAGAUAUGUUACUCUGCUGCUAAAAUGGCCAACAACUUGGGGGUGGAUGCUAUAUUCGUUUACACAAAGAGCGGUCACAUGGCGUCCCUCCUGUCACGCUGCCGACCCGACUGUCCGAUAUUUGCAUUUACCACGACCACAUCAGUACGUAGGCGCCUCAAUUUGCAGUGGGGCCUCAUACCUUUCCGUUUGAGCUUCUCCGAUGACAUGGAAAGCAAUCUCAACAAGACUUUCUCUUUGCUCAAGGCCCGGGGGAUGAUAAAAUCUGGUGACCUGGUUAUUUCUGUCUCUGACAUGUUGCAGUCAAUUCAAGUUAUGAACGUCCCGUGA